AUGAGAAAAUGCCUUAGAGGUGUUCUGUACAGUGGCGGAAUUGGGAAAGAGACGAUCUUCAAUGAGUUUCAAUUUUCCACCAAAAUCAUAGUUUCAGGUCUUCUUCCAUCAGAAAUUGGAAUUACCAUACCUAUCAGCGACUGGGUUUUAAAAAUUGCACCACAAAACACCGAGAAAGUGGCAUUAUUACGGUUCAGCAAUUUGAAAAGCUGUUUUCUGAAUAUAUCCUUGCACGGGUAUGAGGGAAUUAAGGCACUAGAGACAAUGGAGGGUGACACUGGUUGUCGAAAUCCGACGUUGUUUUUGAUCAUUAUCGACUUCCUUGCCAAUAUAAGUUUGGGCCGGUAUUCGAAUCGGUUAAAACCGAAGUGCCAGGGGAUACGUAAGAGCGGAUUAUUAAGCCUUAAGGGUUACCUUUCACAGCUCAAAAUUAUAAAUUUAUGUACGGUUCAAGAGCAUCUAAAGGCUGAAAGAGUUGCACAUCAUGGGAAACGAUUUCAGAGGUCACAGAAGGAAAUGAGGAAAGGA